CCGCCCGGCCGGCUCGGCGGCCCCCCGCGCCGCGCUCCCCGCGCCCCUCCCGCGCGCUCGCCAGCUGCCAGCCCCGGGACCUUUUCAUCUCUUCCCUUUUGGCCGGAGGAGCCGAGUUCAGAUCCGCCACUCCGCACCCGAAACUGACACACUGAACUCCGUUUCCUCCUCUUAAAAUUUAUUCCUGCCUAAUAGCCACUCGUCUCUUUUUUCGCCCCCCCUCCCCACCUCGUCGCUCCAAGAAAACUUUUUCUUGCUCCCCGAAGUUAGGGUUCUCUCUCCCCAUCGCGUGUUAAUAUUUCCACUUUCGGAACGACCUGCAUUUUCUUUUUAAAGGAAUUCCAGCAAGAUACCUUUUUCUCUUGGACGUUGACUCUCGACUGUUUGCAAAAGUCUCGCAUUAAAAAAAAACAACAACAACAACAAAACAACAACAAAAAACAAAAAAACAAAAAAUUUACCUGAUCUCUACUUGAGAGUUGUUGGCUUCUUUUUUUUUUUUCUACUAGCUUUUUUUUUUUUUUUAAUUUUUACUUUUUUUUUUUUUUGGAAACUUUUUCCACCUUUAAAAAGAAAAAAAAAAAAAAAAAAGAUGCACUACUGUGUGCUGAGCGCUUUUCUGAUCCUGCAUCUGGUCACGGCCGCGCUCAGCCUGUCUACCUGCAGCACGCUCGAUAUGGACCAGUUCAUGCGCAAGAGGAUCGAGGCGAUCCGCGGGCAGAUCCUGAGCAAGCUGAAGCUCACCAGCCCCCCGGAAGACUACCCCGAACCCGAGGAGGUCCCCCCGGAGGUGAUCUCCAUCUACAACAGCACCAGGGACUUGCUGCAGGAGAAGGCGAGCCGGAGGGCGGCCGCCUGCGAGCGCGAGAGGAGCGACGAGGAGUACUACGCCAAGGAGGUCUACAAGAUAGACAUGCCGCCCUUCUUCCCCUCGGAAACUGUCUGCCCAGUUGUUACAACACCCUCUGGCUCAGUGGGCAGCUUCUGCUCCAGACAGUCCCAGGUGCUCUGUGGGUACCUUGAUGCCAUCCCGCCCACUUUCUACAGACCCUACUUCAGAAUUGUCCGAUUUGACGUCUCGGCGAUGGAGAAGAAUGCAUCCAACUUGGUGAAAGCAGAGUUCAGAGUCUUUCGUUUACAGAACCCGAAAGCCAGAGUGCCCGAACAGCGGAUCGAACUGUAUCAGAUUCUCAAAUCCAAAGAUUUAACGUCUCCAACCCAGCGCUACAUUGACAGCAAAGUCGUCAAGACGAGAGCAGAAGGCGAAUGGCUUUCCUUUGACGUGACCGACGCCGUCCAUGAAUGGCUCCACCAUAAAGACAGAAACCUGGGAUUUAAAAUAAGUUUACACUGUCCCUGCUGCACCUUUGUACCAUCUAAUAAUUACAUCAUUCCCAAUAAAAGUGAAGAGCUAGAAGCAAGAUUUGCAGGUAUUGAUGGCACCUCCACAUAUACCAGUGGUGAUCAGAAAACUAUAAAGUCCACUAGGAAAAAAAACAGUGGGAAGACCCCACAUCUCCUGCUAAUGUUGUUGCCCUCCUACAGACUUGAGUCACAACAGUCCAACCGGCGGAAGAAGCGUGCUUUGGAUGCAGCCUAUUGUUUUAGAAAUGUGCAGGAUAAUUGCUGUCUACGUCCACUUUACAUUGAUUUCAAGAGGGAUCUUGGGUGGAAAUGGAUACAUGAACCUAAAGGGUACAAUGCCAACUUCUGUGCUGGAGCAUGCCCAUAUUUGUGGAGUUCAGACACUCAGCACAGUAGGGUUCUCAGCUUAUAUAAUACCAUAAAUCCAGAAGCAUCUGCCUCCCCUUGCUGCGUGUCCCAGGAUUUAGAACCGCUAACCAUUCUCUACUACAUCGGCAAAACACCCAAGAUUGAACAGCUCUCGAAUAUGAUCGUAAAGUCUUGCAAAUGCAGCUAAGAUUCUUGGAAAAGCAGCAAGACGAUAAUCACGUGGUGAUGAUGAUGAUGAGGAGGAGGAGGAGGACGACAGCGACAAGAACAAUGACAAUGUUUGUAACAAGAAAACAUAAGAGAGCCUUGCUUCAACAGUGUUAAAAAAAUUUUUUUUGAAAAAAGCGGUACUAGUUCAAACACUUUGGAAGUUUGUGUUCUGUUUGUUAAAACUGGCACCUGAAACAAAACGAAACAAAACAAAUUGAAGGCUUUAUUCUACAUUUCACCUACUCUGUAAGUGAGAGAGACAAGAAGCAAAACCUUUUUUUUUUUUUUAAGAAAAAAAUAAACACUGGAAGAAUUUGUUAGUGUUAAUUAUGUGAAAGGAAAAAAAAAACCAACAAACAGGAAAAUCCCAUUAAGUGGAGUUGCUGUACAUACAGUUCCUAUCCCAUGCCUCACUUGAUUUUUCUGUAUUGCUAUGCAAUAGGCACCCUUCCCAUUCUUACCUUUAGAGUUAACAGUGAGUUAUUUAUUGUGUGUUACUAUAUAAUGAACAUUUCAUUGCCCUUGGAAAAUAAAACAGGUGUAUAAAGUGGAGACCAAAUACUUUGCCAGGAACUCAUGGAUGGCUUAAGGAACUUGAACUCAAACGAGCCAGAAAAAAAGAGGUCAUGUUAACGGGAUGAAAACCCAGGCGAGUUAUUACAUGACCAAGCAAGUCUGCAUUCAGAGAAAGACCCUGAAAACACAUGCUAUGUACCAACUGCCUAAGGAAGCUUCUUGUAAGGUUCAAAACCGAAAAGCCUGUUAAUAAAGGAAACUUUCAGUCAGAA